AUGUUGCUGCCAUCACUGCCUCUUUCAAUUUCCUUGCGGGACGCCCUUCGCCGUCCUCCCCCGCGGCCUCCACGUGGCUGAGAAGUGGGCGGCCGUCUCUCCAGCUGGCUGCGUGGCGGCGCCCUGGGAGGGGCGUGGGCGGACUAGGUGGGCGGGGGAGGAACAGGUGGUCCGGCGGUGGCGAGGGAGUGCGGGAGACGUUCUGGUUUAGCCAUUGAGACGCUGGGCAGCUGAGGGGAGAGCGCCACCAUCCGUCAGUAGGCAACCCUCCCUCGCCGCGCACACACGCAACGCACGAACGCACGAAGGGAGCAUGGUGCACUGACAUUCACAGAGACAAACACACACACGAAGGAAAGGAAUAACCCGAGAGCAAUAGAGCAGAGUGUGCCGCAGUGAAGGAGAUGUGGACGGCGGAGGUGCUGCGGGCGGUGUGUUUGGGGUGCCUGCUGGUGGCCGGCGCCCAGCCCGCCGACGCCAAGAGGAUCCCCAGGUGGUGGAUGAAGGUGGCACAGCGGCAGGGACCCAACGCGUGUGUGGUCGAGGAAGUCCCCAACACGGGCCUCGAGUUCUGGACGGAAUGUCGCUAUUGGCUGAACAGGAAAGUCUGCGGGAGACGGACGCGGAUCAGAUUCGAGUGUUGUGAAGGUUUCGAGAGGAAUGGAGACGAGAACGGCUGUACAAGAGUCAAGCCGCUCAUGAAUUUGUUGGAGACUGCUGAGAGUCUUGGAGCCACGAAAUGGGCGCAGUACAUUAGAGAGUCAGGCCUGGCAGGGGAAUUGGAAGGAGCCGCUGCCUACACGCUCUUCGCCCCCACCAACGAAGCUUUUGAGAACCUGCGUCGGUCGCUGAAGAGUCAGAUGGAGGCUUACCGCGGCAACCCCAGCAACCCUAUCUUACUGUACCAUAUGCUGCCCACCAAGCUGCCCAGCGACCACUUCCAGGCCGACAUGAUGGCCGAGACGCGGUACCAGGGCCACAGUGUCAGGAUCAACAAGUACUCCAAUGGGAUGACAACGAUCAACUGCGCGCUGCUCAUUCGCAAGGACCAGCACGCGACCAACGGAGUGGUUCAUCUCAUCAGCAGCGUCCUGGAUCCCUCUAUUGGCACUGGACGCAACGUGGUGGAUAUUGUGCUCGGUGAUGGUCGCUUCUCAGUGCUGGCAGACGUGUUAGAGAGAAGUGGGUAUAUCAACAGACUAAGGACCAUGCAAGGAUCAGUCACAGUGCUCGCGCCCUCUGACGAAGCCUUCCAGAAGCUCCCGGAGUCUCGCAGGGAGAAGAUUAUCAAUGACAACGAGGCAAGAUUAGCCUUGAUCCAGAACCACAUCAUUCCACACGUGAUCUGUGAGUCUGCCGUCACGGGGGAGCACCGCGUCACAACCGCCUCAAAGGACAAGCUCAUGUUCUCAUGUGAUAUCGACGGUACCUUUGUGGAGACGACCAAGAUGCGGGGGAACUUUAACCUGGGACAGAACGGCAUCAUACACAUGAUUGACGAUGUGCUGCUUCCCGACCGAGCGAAGAACCUGCUGGAGCUGGCCGAGAGCCGCCAGCUGUACACAUUCGUGGAGCUGGUGAAGAAGGCGGGGCUGGAGGAGACGCUCAGCCACACAGGGGACUACACUUUCUUCGUGCCUGACGAGGCGGCGUGGUAUGCGCUCGACUCCCAGGUGCUGGACAAGGCGCGUCGGGACCUGGACUUAGCGGGGCAACUCGUCAGGUUCCACGGUGCUUAUGGGCGUCACUUGACCAACGCCAUCACGGAUAACCAGGCGAUUAUGUCCCUGAACGAGGAGGACCCGGUGCGGCUGCAGGUGUGGCGUCGCGCCCUGGGAGUAGAGGACGCGCUCAUCACAGAGCCCGACCUGGAGGCGCAGAACGGGGUCAUCCACAUCAUCAACAAGGUCAUCACGCCGUCCAACCAGAGCCUCGCUGACGUCCUUCGCUCGCUGCCCGGCCACAGCUUUGAAACCUUCCUGGAGGCGGUGGACCGCGUGUCGCAGGAGGGGGAGGCGGGGGCGCUGCUUAGCUUGGGUCCUGGAGACGAGAUGUUCUACACCUUCUUCGUGCCCACGGACAGAGCCUUCCGCAGGGUGAACCAGGCAAUGCUGAGGCGGUUGCGGCAGGAUGAGGCCUUCACACGGCGGGUGGUGCGACAGCACGUGGCUGUCAACAUGUUCCCUGAGAUCUCCUUCGAGAAGAACCUGGUGUACACGGUCAACGGCAUGGCGGGACCCUUCGAUGUAAAGAGAACCAAGGAGGACAUUCUCAAGGUGAACGGCGAGGAGGUGGUCAGCUCCCACCUGUGUGCCAACGGCGUCAUCCACGUGAUCAACAAGGCGUUCAUGCCAGAGUCCUACACCUCAAGCGUGCAGCAUGAGACCUAUCGGGAGACCGAGGGCGUGCUGGGCUUUCCUCUCCCCUCCAGGACCUCUACCAGCAGGAUAUACAAAGUCUCCUUCGCCGAGAGAUACAACGGCGUGAAUCAGGACCUUCCCGGCGUGCCCCGAGGUACUGGUGACGACUCCCUGCCCGCCCGUGCCUCCCGCAGGAAGACGGUCAAGCGGGGGCGAGGUGGGGGAUCAUCCAGCACCUCCUCCUCCUCGACUACUUUACCUCCCCCAGCCGCUGUCUCCCUCAAUUCUCUCCCCUCGCUUGCCUCGCUCACCACAAAGGACACGGUGGAAGAGACGCACCUCGAAGGUACGAGGCUCGAGGCUCCAGAGGAUGAGGUUCCUGCUAACACUCUCAAUGUGUCCUCGGGAGGCUCGCGUGGCCUUUACGAUGAGCCAGUGCACUAUAACGAACCAGGUCUCCGCGACGGCCACGGUUCGCGCCCCAGACACCCAGAGGGAUCCUACUCCGAUAGUGAUGGAUCCUAUUCUUCCACUUCCUAUAAUCCUUCCGUCACCACGUCCUCCACCACCACCUCUACCGUCACAUCCUCCUCCUACUCUUCCACCUCUAUCCACGGGAUACAGGACGAUGAAGAGGAGGAAGAGGAGGAGAAGCAGUCCGUGGGUGGCAAUCAACGAGGAGCUGGAGAAUCACGAGGAGGAGGAGGAGGAAGAGACUCCUCUGUCACAUCUCAUCAUACUUAUAAUCCCGAUUUAGAUGGAAGCUCCUCCUCCUCCUCCUCCUCCUCCAACUCCUCCUCCUCUGUCUCCUCCUCAGACUCCUCAGACUCAACAUCUGGUCGUACAUAUGACUCAGAUUUAGAUAGAGGCUCCUCCUCCUCUUUCGCAACCCGUCGUCGACAUGAUUCUGAUUUAGAUUCUUCCACACUUCUCCGUGAAAAUGACCCUGAUAUAGAGGAAGACUCUUCCUCGUCUUCCUCUUCCUCCUCCACAUCUCGUCGUCGAUAUGAUCCUGACUUAGAUAGAUAUGACGCUGCUUUAGAUAGAAACCCCUCCUCCUCCUCCUCCUCCUCCUCCUCUGUCUCUUCCUUUGAUUCCACAUAUCGUCGUCGAUACAAUCCUGACUUAGACAACUUAAAUAGAAACCUCUCCUCCUCCUCUUCCUCUGUCUCCUCUUCCUAUGACUCCUCUACGUCCCGUAGUCGAUAUGAUCCUGAUUUAGAUAGAAACCCGUCCUCUUCCUCCUCUUCGUUUGACUCCACGUCUCGUCGCCGAUAUGAUUCUGGUUUGAAUAGAGGCUCCUCCUCCUCCUCCUCCACAUCUCGUCGUCGCUAUGGUUCUGAUCUUGACCGCGGCUCUGUCUCCACCUCUUCAUCUUCUUCGUCCCGUCGUCUUGAUCCAGACGUGGACGCCGGGCACUCCUCUACCUCAUCGUCCUUCUCCAUCGAGCACUCCACCAUCAGGACGAGGUUUGAGUCUCCUUCACGUAACCCCUCCCCCCUGGCAGUCCCUCCGCGCCUCCCUGACGGCCAAGAUAGCGCCAAUAGAUCCUUCCUCACCAACUACACUCGCUACUCUAGUAAGGACAGGGCCACCAGCCGCUCCCAGGGCACUUCUACUGAUUUGGCUGGGGUUACUACCACGCUAGAAAGAUCCAAUACGGACUUAAGUGCAGUCGUUGCUAAUCGAAGGGGCUUUGGUUCUAACUUAAGAGGGUCCAGUACUGACGAAAGGGAGGUCAGUAUUGAUUCAAGGGGGACUGAUGUCAGGGGCUCCACUACUGAUGUCAGGGGUUCCACUAUUGGUGUCAGGGUCUCCAGUCCAGAUGUAAGGAGUUCAGGUAAUGAAUUAAGAUCUGAUAGUAAUUUAAGGGGUUCUAAUAUAGAUUUGAGUGGUUCUAGUGGCUCAAGGAAUUCCAAUAUUGAUUCACGGCGGACUAACACUGUAAUAAGGGGAUCUAGUACUAACAGAAGGGUGUCAAGCACUGACAUAAGAGGUUCCAGUACUGAUUUGAGGGGUUCCAACUCUGGUGUAAGGGAAUCUAGUACUAACAUAAGAGGAUCCAGUGCCAUCUCAAGUGGGUCCAGUACAGGAAUAAGGGGAUCUAGUACUAUACUGAGGGGGUCCACAAGUGAACUGAGAGGAUCAGGCAGCGUGGCGGGAGGCAGCGGGCCCACCCUACAGAGGGAAGCGGAGACACGCGCGGGAGACUCGACCGGUGUCGGGGCCUCGAGUGGGUACACCACCACCUCGUCCAGAAUAUACAGCUAUGAGUAUUCGGGCGGGGCAAGCGGUCACGAUCCCUAUCCCAACCCCUCCACCAGCCGUCCGUCCUUGCGUCCAUCCACUCCCGCAAGGGACAGUGCAGCAGGGUCCACAACCACAGGGGGUCGCAGGUUUAGCUACGUGGGCCACGGCUACGGGCAAGACGUGGUGGGUCACACCAAUCAGUUGCCGGCGGUUCCGAGACCCUCACCCCUCCCUUACCACCUGGGGACGGAGGAGCACGGAGUCUACGAUCGUGAAGUGGCGCAUAUUCGUUCUCUAGGUGAGGAAUCGGGAAGCGUGAGGGCGUUAGAUGGCGGAGUGAGCGCGGGUAGCGAGGGCGUGGAUAAGAGUGUUUACAAGUAUAGCAAGACUUCCCAUGUGCAGCAGCACCUUCACGGGCCCCACGCGUUGCAGCCUGGCACUAGCAUGCACGGUGCCAGCAGCGGCCGCAGCACCACGACCAUCGGCAGUGUGCGGAGCAGUACCAAGCGGCGUUACAACAUCACAAAGACCUCUUACUCAUACUCUGUCCCGGUGCUCAGUCCCCGCUUCCCGCCGCCCAUCCGUUCCGCUGAUAACAAACUAGGUUCCUUGUCUCCCGUUUCAGCUUACGCCUUCACAGGAGACGAUGACAUGUACGCCGACGGCACGGAGUUCGCAGAACUGAAGGGUGCUGGCCUGGAGAGCAUUACGCGGCAGGAGGCGCGCGAGCUGCGUCGCCGCUUCAGGAAAAAGCGGCACCACAAGCGGCGGGGCGGCGCAAAGGGGAGGCGGCGGCGAGGCAGACGAGGGAGAAGGAACCAAGCUCACCAAAAGACCGCCACGACCGAGGCCAAGGAGUAGCGCGGUGCCCUGCCUGGUGGUGUGCCACUGAUCUGCCCCAUCCACCCCACGCCCCUCCCCAUGCAUCCCCCCCAUGCACCAUCCACCCACCCACCGCCUCGCCGGCACCCAUCGCUUGCCCAUCUCCCGCCUCCUGCACCCACUGCCACACUCGCAUGUCAAAAUUCACGAUAAAAAAAAAAAAAAAAGAAGGAAAAAAAAGAUGAACGUAUUGUUAGGCAAUUUAGAAUGCUAGUAUGCUAUAGAAAAUAUAGCCCCAUUUUAUUUUAUACGUUGAUAAUAGAAGAGAAAUUAUUAUAUAUUGUUAGUCCUAUAUUAGUAUUGUUACUAUUAUUAUUAUUUUCAUUAUUAUUAUUAUUAUUAUUAUUAUUAUUAUUAUUAUUAUUAUUAUUAUUAUUAUUAUUACUAUUAUAACUAGUUCGUACUACUUACAAUACCAGAGCUGUUAUCGUGAUCUUCAGGAAUGUUCCUCGAGUGAGUGACACUCGAGCGCCUGUGCCGCCAAGAAGUACACAAUCGGCUGACUGUUACCUCACCUGACCAGUGUUCUUGUCGUUGUUUAUCUCGUGGACAAGAGCGAAAGUAGACGUCGCGCCCCGCCGCCUGGUGUCCCCGCGGGGCCGCCUCUGUAGUGGUGCUUUAGUCAUAUGUCAGUAACACCCUAACUCUCCCUAAUUAUCUUAAUAAAUUUUUGGAGAUUA